AUGCCUUCCUCUCAUGGCCCAAGACCUACACAUGCAUCGAUCCCACCGAAUCAUCCUUGCUCUCUUCGCAGUGCCACCUCAGGACCACCUACGGAACGCAUCAAACGAUCAGAAACGGAAGAUGCUCCAUCCCAGACGACUUUGCAAGCAGGGCGGUGGUCUCAAUCAGGACCGCGCACCCCUUCCUCGCACGCUCCCUCAAUCCGCAUCUCAUUAGGCGAUGGCCGCGUCCUCAACACGACAGAGUACAGGGCUCUGCAGGAGAAGAGGGCAGGCACAAGCGCUGUCAGAUACAACGACAUGAAUGAUCCUCGGAAGGAAUCUAUACCCAAAGCAAAAAGCUCCGUCGAAGAACGGCACCACGAACAAUCUCCCUCCAGCAAGGACGAGAGCGGAAAAGACAAGUCCAUAUUGGCGGAAUUUUCUCCGAGGAGGAUUGAGACAGGAUCUACGAAGCGAGGACUGGCACGGUCGAGUGCCGAGCUGGCGUCACUCGUGGUUCAAUCGUCACCUCGUACAACGACCACCGCGCAGGUCAGUCGUCCUUUCCCCGCCGCAGACGAAGGCAAGGAAAACAGUAAUGACGCACAGGAAAACAAGGCGGAGAUAGAUACCCCCACCACCGAAGGGACGUGGAACGAGCACGGGAACGGGAACGCCCAGGCCAAGACUGAGACCGAGUCCGAGACCGAGACAGAUAGAGAAACAGAACCUACGUGGAGCUUUGGGAAUCUGGGGCUGUAG